AUGCCAAGAAAUUAUAACCUCCAAGAUUAUAAGCCUUCGUUUCCGCCGUCAAUAACCGCAUACGACAUAGUUAAAAUGCAUAUGGAGAAGGGUCUCGAUAAUGCAAAUAAGACAUCAAAUGCCUUUCUGAUUUAUAGAAUGGUGUAUAGUAGUGAAAUUGCGGAACAAGAUGUUGGGAAUAUUUCUAAAAUGGCCAGCAAUUCCUGGAGAAACGAAUCGAUGAAAGUCAGAAAAUUUUACAGGGAAAUGGCGAACGAAGUCAAAACUAGUUUUAAAAAGAUGGUUCCUAUUUGUUUUGUUGAUAACCAAGAUUUUCCGGUUGUCUCUUCGUACAAUUCUCCCCGAACAAGUAUGAACAUGUCUCACGAUUCCUUCAUGGUGAAUAGGCAGGGAAAUAUGGAUCUGACCGAUGAUGAAAUGUUCAUAAAAUCUCUUCCCGACCACCUAGCGUUAUUUUAUACGGAAAUUAUGGAUUCCUUGCCAAGUGAAUUUUAG